CAUCAAGUAGAUAAAAAUGCGCAAACAAAUUGAAACGAGAGCACAAUUUAAAAACAAUAAACGCAGAACGAGAUCACAUCAUUAGAAUUGCAACACUCAAAGUGAGAAGUGCUAAAGCGGAAGUUCACCAAAAACACAAAACAAAUUUGAUAAUUUUCAUCGUCCAAAAAUGGAUUUCUUUGCCGCUGGCGGUUUCCAACAACUAUUCAGCGAUUUGAAUGACACGCAGCUCCAUGAAAACUGGACGGAUAUCGGUGACGAAGAGGGAAGUAAACCGCCGCUUUACAGUUACAAUUGCUGCGCAGAGCAAACAAAUGAAAGCAGCAUGCGACUCACCUGCACGAAUGAUCCUUACGUGCUUGCUGAGAUGCCGAGUGAGAAAAUGAGAGUGGAAUUGCAUGCGGAUUGGGAUGAAAGCAUGACGGAAGGGUCGUGUAAUAUGCAGGAUGAGCAAAAUGUGAACACAAAUUACACGGAAUAUGAAGGAAACAACGAGCAACAGCUGCAGCUUUCGCUGGAUCGGCUGCGGAGCUCGCCACCUGACGUCAUAAUAAAUCAUCCCGCCUCCAAUUCACCUGCAGAGCCUACGACCUAUGAAACAUUAACAACUGAAAGUUACAGUGAACCGGAAUAUCAAAACGACAGUAGUCCCGUUAGCAUAGAUUCCACAACAGUCCUGGAGUUCGAGACGGCUGCCUUCAUAACACGCGAGAUGGCUGAGUGGGAGGAGAAAUUCUUGGAUAACUACAUUGAAAUACCAGAGCUCAUCGACUUUCUACCCGAGAAGACACCACUUUGCACUGAUACCUGUGACCACUUUCUGCACGAAAGUUCGAAAAAUCUCAAACUGCACCGCAAAGCGCGCACUACAAAACGCUCAAAUGAGUCCAGUGGUCAAGCUGAAUGCGCCGCCGCCGGUUAUCCUUGCACUUUUGGUUCGUGCGAUAAGAUUUACGCGAAACCUGCACACUUGAAAGCACAUCUGCGUCGUCAUAUGGGUGAAAAGCCCUACACCUGUGAUUGGCCUGCGUGUACGUGGAAGUUUUCACGUUCCGAUGAGUUGGCACGUCAUCGGCGUUCGCAUUCGGGUGUGAAACCUUACAAGUGUAGUUAUUGUAUGAAAUGUUUUGCACGCUCCGAUCAUCUAACGAAGCAUCGCAAGGUGCACGAGCGGCGUCUGUUGGCGGCGAGUAAAGCUGGAAAGGCGAUGGAUGGUGUGCUGGCGCAUAGCGUGUUGACGGUGCGUCCGGGACGUAAGCGAAAAAAUCAGUUAUAACAUGAGAGGAGGGUUGUGCAAUCGUUAAAGAAAUAUUAGAUUUUAAGUGAAUGUGAUUGUUUGAUUAAGUUGUGAUAAAUAUAAGUUUGAAAAGUUUAA